CACACAGCUGCCUACUCCACGUGGGGCCCUGACAAAUCGUGUUUCUUGCUUGCUGGCCUCUUUGGCUUCUCGGACACAGCCGGACGGAUAACCAGAGCCUGCUCCGUUUCCUGCAUCCUCUCUUUUUUGUCUCUGUCGUCAUCUUGAUUAUCCCGCCCUUUGUGUUUGGCUAUCAAUUUGCAUCUCCAUCGGUGCAUCGGAAAGCAAUUCAUUGCAGACGGGCGUCACACUUCAUUUUUAUCCCUUCCGUCCUCACCCCAGCGUCCACCUAGUACGAAAAGUUACACGCGUGCUCGCAUUAAUCAACAUGGAAGACGCCUUCACGAGGCCUGUCAACAAGGUCCUCGCUGAGUUCUCAGUCGACCAGCGCGCUGGUUUAACCGAUGCGCAAGUCACCGAGCAGCGCAACAAGCAUGGCCGCAACUCUAUUCCCGAAGACCCUCCAACCCCGCUCUGGGAGUUGAUUCUCGAACAAUUCAAAGAUCAACUUGUCAUCAUCCUACUUGGUUCCGCCGCUGUCUCCUUCGUCCUCGCGCUCCUCGAAGAUGAAGGUGGCUGGAGCGCCUUUGUCGACCCCGCUGUCAUUCUCACUAUUCUAAUCCUCAAUGCCGUCGUCGGUGUCUCCCAGGAGAGCAGCGCCGAAAAGGCCAUUGCUGCCCUCCAAGAAUACUCUGCCAACGAAGCCAACGUCAUCCGCAACAACGGUCAUGUCUCCCGCAUCAAGGCCGAGGAACUCGUCCCAGGUGAUAUCAUCUCUGUUUCGGUCGGUGACCGUAUUCCUGCCGACUGCCGUGUCGUGGCUAUCGAUAGCAAUAGCUUCAACGUCGACCAAGCCGUUUUGACUGGUGAAAGUGAGAGUGUUGGAAAGGAUGCCUCUGCCGUCGUCAAGGACGACAAGGCCGUUCUGCAAGAUCAGACCAACAUGCUCUUCUCUGGUACUACCGUCGUUACUGGUCACGCCAGAGCCGUCGUUGUCCUGACCGGUUCCAACACCGCCAUUGGCGACAUUCACGAGAGCAUUACCGCCCAAAUCUCCGAGCCUACUCCCCUCAAACAGAAGCUGGACGACUUUGGUGACAGCCUCGCUAAGGUCAUCACCGUCAUCUGCGUCCUUGUUUGGCUUAUCAACAUCCCCAACUUCAACGAUCCCAGCCACGGAAGCUGGACCAAGGGCGCCAUCUACUACCUCAAGAUUGCCGUUUCCCUCGGUGUCGCUGCUAUCCCUGAAGGUCUUGCCGUCGUUAUUACAACCUGCCUGGCCCUCGGCACUCGCAAGAUGGCCGCCAAGAACGCUGUAGUCCGAAGUCUCCCCUCUGUCGAAACCCUUGGAAGCUGCAGCGUGAUUUGCUCUGACAAGACCGGUACUCUCACCACCAACAACAUGAGCGUUAACAAGAUUCUUCAUCUCGAUGCUCUCGGUAACGGUUUGGCUGAAUUGGAAGUUGAGGGAACCACCUUCUCGCCCAAGGGUGCAAUCAAGAGAAACGGCAAGACUGUUGAGGACAUCACCGAGGAAUCUGAUACUAUCCGCCAAAUGAUUGAGGUUGCCGCCAUCUGCAACGACUCCCACCUGGCCUACGAUGAAAAGACUGCCACCUACUCCAGCGUCGGCGAGCCCACCGAGGGUGCUCUGCGUGUUCUUGUUGAAAAGGCUGGCCCCUGCGCUCCCGAAGGAACCGAUGCUGACGACUGCACUCACUACGCCAGCGCUCAGUAUGAAGAAGAUCUCCCCCGCCUCGCCACAUUCGAAUUCUCCCGCGACCGUAAGAGCAUGUCUGUGCUUGUUCAGAACGGUAAGGCCAAGAAGCUUCUUGUCAAGGGUGCUCCCGAAACUAUCCUGGACCGCUGCACUCACGCCCUCGUCGGCGCCGACGGCAAGAGAAUCGCUCUCAACAAGAAGCUCUCCGAUGUCCUUCUUAAGGAAGUUGUUGGCUAUGGUAACCGUGGUCUUCGUAUCAUUGCUCUCGCCAGCAUUGACGAUGUCUCCAAGAACCCUCUCGUCAAGACCGCCAAGUCCACCGAAGAAUACGCCCAGCUUGAACAGAACAUGACCUUCCUUGGUUUCGUGGCCAUGCUUGACCCUCCUCGUGAGGAGGUUCCUGGUUCCAUUCGUCAGUGCAAGGAGGCCGGUAUCCGCGUUAUCGUUAUCACUGGUGACAACCGCAACACCGCUGAAAGCAUUUGCAGACAGAUUGGUGUUUUCGGCCACGAUGAAGAUCUCACUGGUAAAAGCUACACUGGCCGCGAAUUCGACAACCUGAGCCCCAGCGAGCAGCUUGAAGCCGCUAAGCGCGCGUCUCUCUUCUCCCGUGUUGAACCCGGCCACAAGUCUCGUCUCGUUGACCUCCUCCAGUCCAUGGGUGAAGUUGUUGCCAUGACUGGUGAUGGUGUCAAUGAUGCUCCUGCUCUCAAGAAGGCCGAUAUUGGUGUUGCCAUGGGUUCUGGUACUGAUGUGUCCAAGCUUGCCGCCGACAUGGUUCUCGCCGACAGCAACUUUGCUACGAUCGAGGUUGCUAUUGAAGAGGGCCGUGCCAUUUACAACAACACCCAGCAGUUCAUCCGUUACCUCAUUUCUUCCAACAUUGGUGAGGUUGUAUCCAUCUUCUUGACGGCUGCCCUCGGCAUGCCUGAAGCCUUGAUUCCUGUCCAGCUCCUGUGGGUCAACCUCGUCACUGAUGGUCUCCCUGCUACCGCGUUGUCCUUCAACCCUCCUGAUCACGACAUCAUGAAGCGUCAGCCUCGCAAGCGUGACGAGAAGCUCAUUGGUGGCUGGCUCUUCUUCCGCUACCUCAUGAUUGGUACCUACGUCGGUCUCGCUACUGUUGCUGGCUACGCUUGGUGGUUCAUGUUCUACGAGAACGGUCCUCAAAUCACCUUCUCUCAGCUGUCUCGCUUCCACCACUGCUCUACUGAGUUCCCCCAGAUUGGCUGCCAGAUGUUCUCCAACGAUAUGGCUAAGUCCGCUUCCACGGUCUCCCUGUCUAUCCUGGUCGUCAUCGAGAUGUUCAACGCCAUGAACGCUCUAUCUUCCAGCGAAUCCCUCCUCACUCUCCCUCUUUGGGAAAACAUGAUGCUGGUUUACGCCAUUGCUCUGUCCAUGGCUCUUCACUUUGCUCUGCUCUACACUCCCGUUCUGCAAAGCCUGUUUGCCAUCCUUCCUCUGAACUGGAUUGAGUGGAAGGCCGUCAUCAUCAUUAGCGCCCCAGUUGUCGUCCUGGACGAGGUGCUCAAGCUGAUAGAACGCCAGUUCUUCAUGCAAAAGAUUUCAGAGGAUGCCCAGACCACAAAGAAGAAGAUUUAAAUAUCCUUAGCUUUUCAUGAUGGCCAUUUUUAUUUGAUUUAAGGAGCAGAAAAAUUCGGCGCAGUGUUUUUGCUGAAUGGGAGCACAUUGUACAAGUAGCUCAAUCUGGCAUAUCAAAUAUGCCGUAAGCAUUUGGAGAAAAUAAAAUAGAAUUGAAUGAAACUUUUACGUUAAUUACCCUUCUUCUCCGCCUUUACAAAUGGAUUAUGGUUUACAGUCACUGCAAUUGUGAGAAUGAAUAUUCAAAAAUGGCUAUUCAUACAGCUUAAAUGUAAGGACAAACCCCAUUCUUCUGGGAUUGUCCAUGCGGUGUUUUGUUUAUAUCAUUUGUAUCUCUUUCUUUCCUGCUCCCUUCGCCAGCUUAAUCUUGUCUUCCCUUCAGUAAUCUCUUUGUAAUCUUAUCCUUCUCGAUAAUGUAUACGUGUGCGCCCCAGCCGGACAAGGCAUCACGGUCAACGGCGUUGAGCAGGGCCUGGGAGAUUGUUUCGAAAAGAGCAUCGGGCUCCAUAUCAGGUUCCCAGAGACCUUCGCACAUACCGAAGAGCUGUUCCGAGGCUGUACCAGACACAAUAAAAUCCUUAGCAAAGUCGAUGCAACCAAUGCUAUCAAAGCCACAGAUGAAGGGCUUGGAUGUCUUAGGGUCCAGACCAGCAACGACAGGCGACACAAAGUAAGGGCCGAAGCGGCGUUCGUAGAGUGAUGACGAAACAAGGUUGGCAAAUGUCUUGGGAGCAAUCUGGCGCUCUUCGCGAAGGCGAUACAUGUUCACCUUGUAGCGGAAGAGGUCGGAGACUGUGUUGACGUCGGUGGCCAAGCCGGUCAGGCCAAGGAAGACGUCUCCGUACUGGAAGAUCUUGGGGAAGUUGUUGGAGACAGUAAGGGCCUGCAUACCGAGUCGGAGAUCGCAAG